GUCGCUUGGGAGCAUCCCUCGUUGUCCCCUGGCAGAGCUUCCAGUAGCAGCGGACAUGCUGACCGACAGCAACGUGGAGGAGUUCGACAUUAAGGAGGAUGAGCCCUGGUACGACCAGCAGGACUUGCAGCAAGAUUUGCAGCUUGCUGCGGAACUGGGCAAGACAUUACUGGAUCGCAACACAGAACUAGAGGAAUCCCUGCAGCAGAUGUACAACACCAAUCAAGAACAGCUCCAAGAAAUCGAAUACCUCACCAAGCAAGUGGAGCUGCUGCGUCGGAUGAAUGAGCAACAUGCUAAGGUGUAUGAGCAACUGGAUGUCACAGCCAGAGAUCUGGAGAAUGCUAAUCAGAAGCUGGUCUUGGAGAGUCGGGCUUCGCAGCAGAAAAUAAUAAGUUUGACGGAAACAAUCGAAAACCUGCAGCUCCAUCUAGAGGAACUCCAGAGACAGGUGGAGGAUCUGAAGAAACCAGGCAGUGUCUGUCGCAGCCGCGAGAGGUCUGACCAAUCAAGAUCAAGCCAGAGCUUCUCCUGCCUGAAAGAGCUGUAUGACCUUCGCAAGUAUUUUGUUUAUGACCAUGUUUUUGCUGAAAAGAUAGCUUCUCUGCAUUCUCAGCCAGGACCACUUGAGGACGAAAACUGUCAUCUAAAAAAGGCCCUGUCUCUCUUGGAAAGCCAGCUGAACCUAGAACGCAAGAAGAGAGAGAGCCUAGAAGAUGUAUACAGUCAGGUAGUUAAAGAGAAUUCUGAGCUGGAACAGAUGCUCAGAGACAAGGAUUUAUUCCAUGCCCGGGCUGAAGAACUAGAGGCCGAGGUGGCCGAAAUGCGUCAGAUAUGUCGCUCAGACAGCAUGUUUGCCAGCAGCGUGGAAAAGCUCAUACCAGAGUCCAUUCUUAUCUCUUUCAAAGAGACGGCAGACAGAGAUGCUGAUCAAGAAGUGAUAGCACAAUUGUUAGAUGUAAAUAAAAAGCCUUUAAAAAGAAGCACCAGUGAGUUGCUUCUUCCCAGGGCUGCUGCAGCUGAAACCAUUCUAAACGGCCACGAAGAGACUUGUAUUAGGAAGGCAGAAGUAAUAAAGCAAAGGGGCAUCUCUUUGCUCAAUGAGGUCGACUCACAGUACAGUGCUCUGAAGGUUAAAUAUGAGGAACUGCUUCAGAAGUGCCAGCUGGAUGAUGAUGAUGAUGAUGAUGAUGAUGAUGGUUUCAGUAAUCCGGGUGGCCAGACCACUAAGACUUCUUCACUAGAAGAGUCGCCACCAAAUGAUCUAGAACCUUCAAGCCCAAAGCCUGAGUCUCCGCCAGAAUACAAGGUUCUCUUCCAGGAGAUAUUUACCUGUAUAAAGAAAACCAAAGAGGAAAUCCAUGAACAAAGAACUAAGUACAAAUAUCCCAAUGCAGCAAGUAGUUAGUUCUACCGUUCCUUUCCUAGUAAGUGUUUCCCAUUCACUGUGCUCACGCUCAUAACUAAAAUGAGACCACUGCCAUUCCUAUUCAGUUAAUUGCACCUCUUUGCCAUCUAGAUAUACUUUCUUUUAGAAGUUAUGCCACAUGAUUAAGCAAAGAGUAGUUCACUUAUCUCACUAACAUGAGUGCCACCAAAAAUCUAGAAUUGUAGUUGAUCUUGGAGAAGGAAGCCAGAUUCCCCUCAAGCGCUACACACAAUUUAUAGGAAGACCUUUAGUAUUAUGCUUGGAAGAUAAUAGUCAAUAGUUCCUUGUACUUGUGGUUCCCUAUGCUGCACAACAAGCACAUAUUCUGUACUGUAUUUAUGCAUGACGGUAAUAUAGGGGCUGCCCGGAGCUGUUAUACCUGUGUAAAUCAUAUCUUUGUAGUAUUACUAUUAUACAUUUAUAUUAUAGUUAUAGGAGCAAAGCUAUGAAGGAGUUUUGUUUAUACUGUGAAUGACAUUAAACAAGCAUAGAGAAACUGCACUUGCUGCAAGUUUUCAAGGUCCCCUCCCUUACUUUAAGUACCGAUAUAAUUAAUCACUUAAUGACUCAGGCCUCAUACUCCCAUGUGACUUUUGAAUAAGUAUUUAUUAUAUGUUUCAUAUUAUUAUUAUUUUUUAUUAUUUUGUAAAAAAAACUAUAACAACAUCAGUUAUGGUCUCAGAUUGAGAUCAGUCAGUAUAUACAGUAUAUAUAUAUUUUUCAUCCAUAAUUGGGUUUUUUUGCUUUAUUUUUUUUUUUUUUUUAAGGGGAGACAAAAUCCCUUCCUUCAGGUGGAGGAAUCGGUUUAGCCUAAAAAUACACCAACAUGUUAAGUGCUGCCUUUUUGAAGACCGAUUUAAAGGAGAAUUCAACCCUUAACUAAAAAAAACCCUACCUGUCUACCCUACAUAGACCCUGCCCCAUCCCUCCCCUCCCCCAGCCUUACUACUAACCUGAGGAAAUGCCCCUAACUUUUUACUUAACCCUUGGUGCAGAUUCAGGGAUCGCAGUUCACAGAAUGCAUCUUCCGGGUCUUCGGUAAUCUGAGAUUGAGACCGGUGAAGCCGCGCAGGUGCAGUUGGAGCUAUUUCCCAGUUCGCAACAACUGCACAUGCAACGAAAUAGACAGAAAUUGCCAAAGCGCCAGAAGACACGAAGACCCGGACGAUGGCUGCUGUGAACUGCGAUCCCUGAAUCUGCACCGAGGGGUAAGUAAAAACUUAGGGGGGUCUACGUAGGGUAGGGGUUUUUUUUUUUCAGUUAAGGGUUGAAUUCUCCUUUAAAGUAAAUAUUAUUUCAUGAUGAAAAUAAUAUAACGGUCACAUGCACAAGGUGAAACUGGAUGUACGACUAUGUAUGACAUUCAAGGCACCCCAAUUUUCAAAUGUUAUUCCUUAUUUUGUCGUGGGUAGAGAAUCUGACCAGGAAGUGAGGGGGGUGCGCAGCUACAACUCUUCUGUCAGUCUCCCAGAAAUGAGAGAAACCACAAUUUCUUAAGUAUUUAAACUUUUUGAUACUAUUUUGUAUAAUUACUCAAAAAAAGAAGCUUUAGUUAUUAUUGUUAUUUUUUGGGUAUUUUUCUACUUCAGUGCAGAUAUGCUGUUUGGAUUUUUUCCCCCUAAUAUUAAUUUGCUGAUUAAUGUCCUUUUAUAAAUAAAGACAUAGAAAACCCACAUUCCGCACGGCUAAUUAGCAUAGUUGCUAGAAUAGGGCUAAAAAUGGAUUAUUAUGUACCGUACUAUGUUACAACAGACAAGAACUGGCCACCAAAACUCUUCUAUGCACUUGGUCAUUUAAAAAAACAAAACAAAACAAAAAAAAAAAAACAUUUCGGAGGACUGAAGUGCGUAUGGGUGUUCUAAGUUUUAAAGUGGCAUUAUGGCAAUUGCGUUGCAGCAACAUUAAUUGAAACUGUUGCACUGAGAAAGCUAAAUUUAUAUGCCUCUCAAUCAGAGUAGGUUAUUUAAAAUAGAGAAAGUGUUA